AUGGAGGCGCGGCCGCCGGUGUUGGCCAUUGUCGUCGUCGCGCUGUGCGUUGUAUCCCUCUGCGGCGGUGUGGCCCACGGCGCGGCGGUCACCUACAACGUCAAGAACUAUGGCGCUAAAGGCAACGGCGCCACCGACGACACCAAGGCGCUAAUGGCGGCGUGGAAGGUGGCGUGCGCGGCGGCCGGCGCGGUGACGCUGCAGGUCCCGGCGGGGGUAUACUACAUGGGCCCGGCGCAGUUCCACGGCCCCUGCAAGGCCUCCUCCCUCACCUUCUUGCUCCAGGCAAGCAAGCAUGCACCAUGCAGUUGUGUUGGCGGCGGUACGCUGAAGGCGGCGACGGAUCUGAGCCGCUUCGGCAACGACUGGAUCGAGUUCGGGUGGGUGAAGGGCCUCAUCGUCGCCGGCCAGAACGGCGCCGCUUUCGAUGGCCAGGGCGCCGCCUCCUGGCCCUUCAACAAGUGCCCCAUCCGAAAGGACUGCAAGGUCCUCCCCACCAGCGUGUUGUUCGUGAACAACGAGAACACGGUGGUGAAGGACAUCUCGUCGGUGAACAGCAAGUUCUUCCACUUCGCGCUGCUGCAGAACAAGAACACCCAGAUGAUCAACCUGCGGAUCAACGCGCCGGGGAACAGCCCCAACACGGACGGCGUCCACAUCGAGCGCUGCUCCGGGGUGACCAUCGUCGACACCAAGAUCAGCACCGGCGACGACUGCAUCUCCAUCGGCCAGGGGAACGACAACAUCGACAUCCAGCGCGUCACCUGCGGCCCCGGCCACGGCAUGAGCGUGGGCAGCCUGGGGCGGUACGUCGGGGAGGGGGACGUGACCCGCGUGCACGUCAAGGACAUGACCUUCGAUGGCACCAUGAACGGGGUGCGGAUCAAGACGUGGGAGAACUCGCCCACCAAGAGCCUGGCGGCGCACAUGGUGUUCGAGAGCCUGGUGAUGAAGGACGUGCAGAACCCGGUGAUCAUCGACCAGAAGUACUGCCCCUACUACAACUGCGAGCACAAGUACGUGUCCGGGGUCACCAUCAAGAACGUCACCUUCAAGAACAUCAAGGGCACCUCGUCGCUGCCCGUCGCCGUGCUGCUCCGCUGCGGCAUGCCGUGCCUGGGCGUCGUGCUCCAGGACCUCGACCUCAAGUUCAAGGGCGCCGGCACCACAUCGUCCAAGUGCGAGAACGCCAAGGCAAAGUACGUCGGCUACAUGUACCCCAAGCCGUGCGUAUAG